AUGAAAAAAGUAAUUGUAUCUAAACCUACAGAAAAACCAAAGUGUUAUCCUAGAAGAAAUUUCGACUGUCCAAAUCCCCUAAUAUCAAACAACUGGCUCAUCAGAAACGACUCAUGUAGAGUAAACGACAUCCUGCAGCCGGAUUUCCUGCGAGCCAAAUUGAGGAAACCCAUCGAACAUGUGCCGGAACAACCGCAUUCCCAACCAACGAAAUCCUCCGCCCAUCGAAAGCAAUUCAAAAGCUCAAACACCUGCUAUUGCAAAGAAAAAUCCGCCGAACCCACUUUAAUCAAAAGACCCAACAAGUGCUUAUCUUUAGAGGAAUUCGAGCGUCAAAUGGAUAAGAAUGAAACUUGGAAGAGUUUAUCGAAAGCUCGAACUUCCUUGCAUUGCUUCUGCAAAGGAGUACAAGCAUCCGGCCUGGACAUAGAUUUAACCGAUAAAGUAACUUUGAAGAAAAUCCAGGAAGAGCUGGAGAAAAUCAGCAAUCAACUGGCCAUCACCAGCCAAAGGCAAGAUUACGAAUUGUACAGAGAAAGAGAACAGGACAGGUACUUAAAGGAAAUCGAAGACUAUGAAGAAAGUUCUGAUAUUAGAACUAUUGUUGGUACAGUCAAUUCCAAUUCCAAAGGUGCUACAGCUCUGGAUCAUUGCGAAAACGUGGAACCGUAUCAAGAAGUAGACUCUGCUGUUGAUUCAAGACAAUUUAAGACCAAAGGGUCGCAUUCAAAAGCAACUGGUGACUCGUACAAAGGUUCUGGUACAUCCAGCAGUACAAAUUUGAAGAAAUUCCGAGACGACAAUUACUUCGAAACGCAUUUAGUUGAUGAAUGUAGAGACGUUCCGGAGCACGUUUGCGUCCAUCAAUACAGAUUGGACGAAAGAUUGCUGCCCCAGGCCGUUUCUAUUGAUCGAGCUGGCAAGAGCAGGUGCAUUGUAUGCAACAAGCCUAUGUUGGAUAAAAGUCGCGAGGAAAAGUCGAUUUUCAACGACAGGAUCACGAGGAAAAAAAUUAGGAACCUUUCUAAGUGCCUGGAAUUGGGCCUGGCACCCCAUGAAGUGCAUAUAGGAAAUUCCGAGAGAGUACAGUUGAUAGUGAAUACAGACGAUUAUAUUAAAUACGGAAGGUUUAUAGGAAGUUACGAGAGACCUUGCCACGUCAAUACAUACGCUUUAAGGCAACAAAAAAUGACUUGUUGGAGAUCACAUUGA